UACCAAACGCGUAUCCCAGAAGAACAAGAGAAAAAAGACGAUGUGUUGGAGGAUGCUGAAUUGGGCGAUGAGGCUACCGAUUCACAGCGGCACCACAAACUGCCUCCGGUCAGCGAAUGCGGGAGUGCGCAACGUUCAGAAUCAACAUCGACUAGCGAACUCACUUCCGGGGCGCCACGUUAAAAUGCUCUGCCGAAAGUUACAGUAUUACUUAGAUGAAUUGUUUGAAUUUCCCACCGAAUUUUCUUUUUUUGCUAAUUUUAUUGAAUAA